AUGUCGCAAAUUGACUUUGACCAUUUUAAUCGUUCAUUAUCAUUAUCGUCAUCAUCGUGUUCUUUUGAUUUUGUUCUUUGUUUGGAUACAACCUCGUCAAUGAUAUUAUAUUUACCAAAAAUUCGCCUACUACUGGAAUAUAUGCUGAAAAAUUCAAAUAUAGACGAUAUUCGAGCGGCACUCAUCGAAUUUCGAGAUCACGGUGAAGAAUUUACAAUACGUACACAUGAUUUUGUACAGACAUUUAAUGAAUUUUACACUUGGCUUGAUCAGUGUUCACCUGUCGGAGGAAUGGAUUCACCAGAAGCAAUCGCUGAUGCAUUACAAGAGACAUUAAAUUUAAAUUGGAGAAACACUGAGAUCGAUAAUCAAAAACUGUGUAUAUUAAUAACAGAUGCACCCCCUCAUGGACUUGGUUGUGCUGAUGAUAACUAUCCUGAUGGUUGUCCGUGUAAAUUAGAUCCAUGGUAUAUUGCUGAAGAAUUUGAGCGAAGGGAUAUAACACUAUUAGUUAUUGGUAUUGAACCUGAAAUGACGCCCUAUAAAGGUUUUUAUUAUGCUCUCGCAAAUAAAACAGGCGGCACAUAUAUACCGUUUGAAAAUGCUAAUAUAUUACCGAAGAUAAUCAACGGUUCGUCACAAGAAUUGUCUAUUCAUCAAAUGUUACGUCAUAUGCUUGCUGAUGAUGAUUUCGAAAUGGAUACGCAAUAUAAAUUUGAUUUAAUCAAAGAUCAUGUACAACACAUAUCAAAACACUGUCGAAAUUUAAGCGAUAUCAGAUCUUUUUAUGGUUAUAAACCUUCAUCAUUUCAUACGACAUCAUCAGAUCCAUCUUUUCAAAUAUCUAGCAAUAAUUAUGAAGACAAUACCAAUGAUAAAGAUGGUUUAAUUUUAUCUAAAAAAUUUCGUUUAUCAAGUGGAUCAAUGGAAGAUGACGGAUAUCGUUCUCGUUUAACAACGACAAAUUCAAUUGAUUCUUAUGUUAGUGAAAUAGGCUCAUAUUGUGAUUUGUCAAAUUAUAAAACGGAUAUGAAGAAAACAGCAUCGCUAACAACGCUAAACGGAUAUGUGGAUUGUGAUUUUACUGAGCAGUCAACUUAUGAGGAUGAUUGUUUUUAA